CCCGCAUCUCCCUGAGCUCCGCAUCCCCCUGCGCCCCGCGCCCGGGUCCCAGCGCACGCACGCAGCCGCCAGUCUGGUGCCCACCCAGCGGACUAGCGCCGGCGGACAGAGCCCGAACCCGCCGCGCGUCUCCUCCCUCUCCUCCAGCUGUCCGCAAGGGUCAGGGGUGGCGCUCGGGAGGUGCGUGGGCGUCCAAGGAACAGGUGACAGUGGUGAGUGCGGGAGUGGUCGAAUCUCUUGCCGCUGCCGCAGCCGCCGGUGCAGAUAAGGGCUGCGUCCUGGGAACCCUGGGCAACGCCUCCACGGCCCCUAACGUUUAUGGGAUCACAGACUAGGAAAGUCCUACUAACUCCCCUGAUGCAUUCAUCUCGCCCUUUCCGGGUCUCCAACCAUGACAGAAGCAGCCGGCGAGGGGUGAUGGCGAGCAACCUGAAGGAGCUCCUCAGUAAGACCUUGGACGCCCUCGUGAUCACCAGCGGCCUGGUCACUUUGGUGCUGGAGGAAGACGGCACUGUGGUGGACACGGAAGAGUUCUUUCAAACCUUAGGAGACAACACACAUUUCAUGAUCUUGGAAAAAGGGCAGAAGUGGACACCGGGUAGUAACUAUGUCCCAGCUCGCCAGCAGCCAAAGAGAUCGGGAAUAGCGAGGGUCACCUUCGACUUGUACAAGCUGAAUCCCAAGGAUGUCAUCGGCUGCCUCAACGUGAAGGCCACCAUGUAUGAGAUGUACUCAGUGUCCUACGACUUCCGGUGUACAGGGGUCAAGGCCCUGCUGAGGAGCCUGCUGCGGUUCCUGUCCCAUGCUGCCCAGGUGACCGGACAGUUUCUCAUCUACACGGGCACAUACAUGCUCCGAGUGCUGGGUGACACGGAAGAGCAGGCUUCUCCCAGGUCACGCUCCAGGCACUUGUAGGUUGCUGGGCAUUUCUGCUCAGGAGUGGUACCCAGGUGAAAGAAAAGGCGCUUGAUGGCACAUGAAAUGGGGGCCAUGCAGCAGAUGCCCUGAAGGGGAGGAACUGUGCCAGCCUCCACCGGGAGAGGAAGGGACCAAAGAGCAGGAAUGUCUCGGUGGCUCCGGAGCAGCGCACAUGCAUUAGGCCUUGGUGGCUCCUUGCCUCCUGCAAUAAACCAAUCACAAGAGUUACUUUUAAUACACAUAAUACUUCUUGUGUCUCUUUCAUCUCCCAAAAGAACAAAACUUUCAUAUAGAAGCAAAACUCAACCAAAAAUGUUCUGCUAACGGAUAUAAUUGCUUUUAAGUCUUUAUUAGUUCUUGGUGUCACAGAAAUAAAGAGCUGUCAAAUGUCA